AUGCUAUUCCUUAAUGGUCGGACUCGUAAUCCGAUGAUGCCGCCUAUGAACAUGCGUAAUGGAUUAUAUACGUAUAAAUUGACUAAUUUCUUCGUCAUUUGUGGUUCUCUAGUAAUAGUAAUUGGACUUAUUCUUAUUGUCAUUGGUGUUAUAUAUGAAGUAAAUACUACUAAAUUUAUUGGUAUUGGUUUAAUUUGUUUUGGAAUUUUCUGUUUUCUGAUGAAAAUUAUUUGUUUGUAUGGUAAAUUGGAUAUAUGUUAUAAUAAUUGGAUUUAUCGAACUCGUGUUGCGCCAGUGAAGCAUGAUUCAUCUCAACCAAAACCAACAGGUACAUUAUCGAUUUCUCCUCGUCCUAAAUCACCUGGAACGAUACAAAAACAAUCAUCUGUAGUACCACCAGAAGCUCCAACAUAUAGAACAGUAAUAUCUGCUAUAGAAAUUCAUAAUGUUCUAACUGAACAAUCAAUAAAAAACGAUGUAACAAUCAAUAAUUCUAAUAAUAUGGCUUAA